AUGACCACAAAGUGUCCGCUUUUUGAGACUACAAAAUUUGUAGUGUGGUUGACUAUGCUGACCCCAGUGGUGAAGGCUUGGACAAUGACAACUGGUCUUGGUAUUGAAAGACAUGACAAGUUGCACUGGAAUACACCAACGUACGAGUCAGCGAACUCUAACAUUGGUGGACACACUGGGAAAUAUCCCUACGAUCUCUUUACAAACGACUCUAUGGACAACACAAAGAAGACAGCCAAUCCGGGUAGAAAGACCAACAAUUCGCAGUCCGCUGGGAUGACACGGCAAACAAGCAACACACCCACAUCCGGAACAACAACCACACCUCGCGGAAGGGAAGCCAAGCUAGAAACAAGUACGCAGAACAUGUUCAUGCCAGGUACACCUGAACUAAGCGAAGGACUAGACAUUCCGGAAGCACCAUCAUUUCAGACAGCACAGGAACGUGAUCAACCAUCGAUCAUCUCGGAAGGGAUUGAACCUGAACACCCUGGAGUCGAGGAUCUUACAGAUCUAGGAGCACCCUUUGCUCCCGAGGAAUUGCCUGAUCGAGGGUCGUACAAGGAAGUAGUGGUGGAAUUUCCAGCAUGCAUGCCUGUUUCUUCAUUCGGGAAGUCUGUCACUGAGACCGGAUUGGACAGAUCCGAAAAAAUCUUUGCAUUAGCAGGUCGACUUCGACAAGCGCUUCAAUUGGGGGAAGCUGCCUUACGCCGACCCAUCUACAGCUCUUACGGAAAGAUAGUAUCGCGCACGGAGCGAAGGGAAAUAUUCAAGGAGGAAAUGGAUGUUUUGAGGGAGUUACUGACCAAUUUAUAUCACUUUGACAAUGGCGCUAACCAAGUCGGUUUCGCUUUACAGAAAAUUAUACUCGUAAAUUUGAAUCAACAACUCAAAUCGCGCAGAAACGAAGCAGAGGAAGAUUUAAUUACGAGCGGCGAGGGUAUCCCUUCCUUACCAAAAUGGGGUUUCACGGGUAAGGCGGACGAAUUUUGGAGCGCUAACGACUUCGAAAUCUUAGGGGCAUGCUAUCGUCGAGAAGUCGAAAACUUCUUAGCCUAUAUAGCGGAACAUCAUGAUUUUGCGAAAAUCAGGAAGAAUCGUAGACCGGAGCAACGGGUAGUCACUUCUAACAGUAUUUCGACGCAUCUCAAGAAGUCGAGAACUCGCUUUAGUCAUCCAAUGGCCAACGUGAACUCCUCGGCGUUUGGUCACCCAGUCCAAAACAACUCUUCACACGCGCUCAAGGAGUUAUUUGGUGUCAAAAGACACGAAGACCCAUUAGGAUCGAACGUUCCGAGAGGAACCGCCAAUUUCGAACCAAGGCUCAUAUGCGAAUCUCAGGGGGAAGAUAACAGUCAAGAGACAGUUUUCAGCAACAACCGCGCCAAGGAGGCGGGGACCCAGGAGAUUCAGACGGCGACGACAGCGAUGAUGGGGAAGGGAAUAAUGGUCCGCGCAGAGGACCCAGGAAACCUUUCUCACCAAGUAACCCACGAAAAAACCCGUUUAGUGCCAUCCCAGGGGAAGGAAACUCAGUCCCUGGCCAAACGAUCCGAUAUAGUAUUCAAACAAUUAGGCUCGGCCGAAAUCUGGUAUUAUAGUCAGAGCGUAGAAACACGUGAUAGGAUCGAGCAGGAUUGGAAUACACUACGAGCCGCAAUCGGGGAAUACUAUAUGAAUCGGGCUUUCCUGGACAAGCAGAAGGCGCGCGCCAAUCGCGCAUCCUAUCAGGAUGCUGGGAACGGACGAGAAACACCCAGUGAGUACGUCAUACGCAAGCUGGAGCUAUUGCAGUUUGUUUAUAACUACACGGAUAGGGAAUUGAUCAACGAAAUCAUGGAGGGCGCGCCUUCCUUCUGGAGAUCAAUUAUCACGCCACACCUGUUCCAAGAUCUCGAACAGUUACGAUUAUCAGUCAAGUUUCAUGAAGAUUCACUCCUCAAUAUGGGAGGAGGUGAAAAUUCGUAUCAGAACGCGAACCGACAGGGAAGUCAGGGCCAAGCCAAGGAAAACACUCAACGAAGUCCUUAUAAUCCUUUUAGGAAUGUACGCGUCAACUUGGUAGGAUGGACCAAAGCGACUUCGAACCCUCAAUUCCCAAAAGACGACUCUAACGUUUCUCCGCACGGAACGCCGGACGAAAAAGGUGCCCGUCCUUGCAGACAUUGCGGUAGCGGAAAGCAUUGGGACAGGGAUUGCAAAUACGCCAGAAAGGGAGAAAAACGCGCUAGAGCGAACAUGGUUACGACUGCAGCGGAAGAUGAGCAAGCACAGGAGGAUUACGACAAUGCCUAUUACGAACGAUUUAGUGACGAAGAAGAUUUAAACGACGACGCGGAUUUUCAGAAGCCCUCUCAGCUGUAA